AUGCCUACGCGGGUAUGGUAUGAACGAACCUCUAUUACUCCCCGCAUAUCCCUUCCUUUUCCCACUCAUACCUUCCCUUCCCGCUUAUCCCUACCCUUCCCGCUCAUCCCUUCCCUUCCCGCUUAUCCCUUCCCUUCCCGCUUAUCCCUUCCCUUCACGCUUAUCCCUUCCCUUUCCGCUUAUCCCUUCCCUUCCUCUCCCCCGCAUCCAGUCCCCCACUGCCCCCCUUCCAUUCCCCCACUCCCCAACGCCCAUUCCCCCACUUCCCCCGUUCUUUCACCUGCUCCCCCCCGUCCUUUCCCCCACUCCCACCCGUCCAUUCCUCCAUCCCCCCCAUCCAAUACCCCACUCUCCCUCACCCUUUUCCCACACAUCAUCCUCCCUCCCCCCUGCUACCCCUGUCAUCCUCCCUUCCACCCUGCUACCCCUGUCAUCCUCCCUUCCCCCUGCUACCCCAGUCAUCCUCCCUACCCCCUGCUACCCCAGUCAUCCUCCCUUUCCCCUGCUACUCCUAUCAUCCUCCCUCCCCCACCCCCACUCCCCUCUCCUUCCUCCCUUCGUUCCCCACCAGGUGCACGAUAA